UUAUCCUUUUAUAUCGCGAGCCAUACACCCCCUCGGCAUCUAUCGCGGGUGCACGGGUUCAUCACGGGUAGAGCACGCAGUCGACGAUUUCGUCCUCGAAUGUCCGUGUAAUUACAACAAUCCGUCGUUAUGCCGUCGGUUCGCAGGAUGAUCCUCGGCCACGUUAUAUCCGGCUUGUACAGCAAGAUGAACCGUCGGAAGAAGCUGGAGGGUGACAUGCUGGAGACUCCGAUGAAGAGAUGUCUCUCCACCUUCGACAUCACGUUGCUCGGCGUGGGUCAUAUGGUCGGCGCCGGGAUUUACGUGCUGACGGGAACGGUCGCGCGUGACAUCGCUGGACCUGGGGUAAUCUUCAGCUUCCUCGUGGCCGGUUUUGCCUCCAUUUUAGCGGCGCUUUGUUACGCCGAGCUCGCCGCCCGCGUACCAAAGGCGGGCAGCGCGUACGUCUACACUUACGUCUGCGUCGGCGAAUUCUGGGCCUUCAUCGUAGGAUGGAACCUCAUCCUGGAGCACAUGAUAGGCGCGGCAUCCGUGGCGAGGGCUUGGAGUGGAUAUGUAGAUUCCUUGGUAGGUGGUGCGAUCAGCAACUAUACUCGCGAUAUGAUAAGCGGAUGGAUCAUAGGAGAGCCGCUGUGCACCAUCCCGGAUGUCCUGGCUAGCGGAUUAUGCCUGGCUUACGCGAUGCUUUUGGGAUUAGGGGUGAAGGCCUCGGCGACGGUCAACUCGUUGCUGACCCUCAUUAAUCUCGCGGUGAUGGGACUGGUCGUCGUUCUGGGUAUUUACUACGCGGACAUUGAGAACUGGAGCAGCCAGUGUGGCUUUUUGCCUUACGGUUUCGGCGGUAUAAUCACGGGCGCGGCGACAUGUUUCUAUGCCUACGUCGGCUUCGAUUCGAUCGCGACUUCUGGGGAGGAGGCUCGCGAUCCAGGACGCAGCAUCCCGCUGGCGACGUUACUCUCGAUGGCGAUAGUAAUUAUCGGAUACAUGUUGGUCAGUGGCGCCCUGACGCUGGUCGUGCCGUAUUGGGCGAUCAAUCCCACCGCCGCACUUCCGGAAGCCUUUUCGUCCAGGGGCAUCCCGUGGGCGAAAUAUGUAAUAAGCGUGGGCGCUCUUUGCGGCAUGACGACUACCCUUUUCGGAUCUCUGUUCUCCCUCCCGAGGACGAUGUACUCCAUGGCGAAUGACGGUCUGUUGUUCGGCUUCCUCGGCCGUAUUAGCGAGCGUACGCAAGUGCCGGUGUGCAAUCUCAUCAUAAGUGGACUGCUCAGUGCCUUAAUCGCUCUAGUGUUCGAUCUCCAACAUCUGGUGGAGUUCAUGUCGAUCGGGACUCUGCUCGCGUACACCAUCGUCGCGGUCAGCGUUAUCCUGCUGAGGUAUUUACCCGAGCAACAGCCAGCCGAUCGGUCCAACGUCGGUACGCCGAGCAGUUGUUCCUCGCCACCUACGGAAGAAGCGGAUUCCAGCAGCAUCGCGUCCAUCAAAUCGGAACUGUUGUGCGAGGGACCUGGCAGAUUCAAGCCACGAUACGCCUGGUUGGAAGAGUGGCUAGAGGACUGCGAUACACGAAAUGUCAUAAUUGCUUGUCUACUUAUCUACACGACGACCUGCGCUUUCCUCAGUACUUUUAUGAUAAUAGUGUUCGAAUCGUCAGUCCCGUUCACGAAGAGCGAUUAUCUCCUUGCGGCAAGUUAUCUUCCGGUACUCAUCGCGAGUAUUUUCGUGAUUAGCGCUCAUAGGCAAAAUCCACCCAACGGGAAGUUUCGAGUACCGCUGGUGCCGCUGAUACCGGCAUUAAGUAUUCUCUUCAAUGUGAGUCUGAUAAUGCACUUGUCUCCAAUGACGUGGCUACGAUUUGUCGUUUGGAUGAUAGUCGGAAUGAUGAUUUACUUUCUGUACGGCAUUCAUUAUAGCAAAGAAGCCACCACUAUUCCAAACUCAUAUUCCGUUUUAAUGGCCACGUCCGAAGCUGAAAAAGGUACGAAAUGGGGAUCUACGUUGCGAGUUAGUCCGAAAAAUGACAAAACACCUAUUUUAAGCGAAAGAGAUCUCGUUGACUAGAAACAAAAUAUAUAUUUUUAUCAAUUAUUUUCAUUAUCCAACUUGCCAGUGGAGCCGCGGAAAUAAAUUAAAUUUUAAUAACUGAAAUAACAUUUAUAUAAGCUAUUAACAACGAAAGAUCAUACGUGACGUAAGACUGCAUGCAACGCAUAAAAAUACAGGACAAUGUGCGUUUAAUAUUUAACAAUUUUUAUUAAUUCUAAUGUUAAUGCAUGAUCAAUGCUCUCGGCUAUUCAAAUGCCGCAAUGUGUUAAUAUUUUAUACAUAAAAUCUAUAUUCUGCGUGUAUUUUAUUUAUACUAAUUUUCUGCCACAUUUCCUAUUUCGGCGGCUCCACAUUAUACACACGUUGCUUGACAUCCAAAGUUUGAACGUGAAUUAUAUUUUGUAAAUACCGAUCUUAGAACGUUUUAGCUCGUGCAUCUCUUAGAAUUUCCUUGAGAAAGUUUUGUCUGGUACAAACAACUGUUUUUGGUACUUAGCUUUAUCUUGUCUACAAUUUCUAUAAUUUUAAAGAUCGUGCUUUUAUUUCUUAUCACGAUCAAUAAAACAUUAUCGUUCUUCCUUUUUUACGUGACUAUUAUUGUCACAUUAUUACGUCAUAUUAAAACAUUGUGUUUAGCGUUGUUAAUAUGUAUUUAACGAACUCGGAAAGAAAUGUAACUUAUUUUAUUCAUUGUACAUUUUAUUACACACAAAUUAAUCACGAGAUUCAUCAUUUCUCUCAUUUUACGUAGUUUCAUUUUAGGCUAGACAUUGAUCAAGGAUACGAUAGCAAUGAAAAAUAUUCUGUCAUGGUAAAAUGACCAACUAACGUCAUUGAUCAUAUUAAAAUUUGUUAAUAAUUUAUAUUCCAACAUAAAUUUGUAUUCGUUCAGUUGAAUCUAAAAUUAUGUCACGGAAAUGGAUAGAUUUAUCGCAAAAAUAGUGAAAGAUUCAGAAUCUCACAAUAAACUUACUCACAUUACUGUAAGCAUUUAAAUCAAGAUAAUCUAUAAAUAAAAGUGUGUAUUAUCUGUUUUUGAUUCACCAAUCGAUUUACAAUAGAAUUAACAGUAAAGUCGUGAAGAUAAAAUUAGAGCGCCACACUCUUCGCGAAAAAAAAAUUUAUUCUGAUACCGAGAAUAUUAUAUCUAUAUAUAAUAUAUACGAUUUGCGUGAGAUAAUGUGUAUUAUCGUUUACAAUCUAUAAUUUACGUGUGUAUUAUGUACAUACGUACUGUGCGUGACAAAUAUAAUCGCAUGGUGUUACGUGGAAAGUAUUCAUACAAUAAUAUAUCAAUGUGUCAACGAUAGAUAUCGUUAAGACGCUACAAAAGGCAUGCUUAAACGACGUAUAGUUUAGUAUGCGAAUUAAAUUUAUUUAUUAAGAGUCAUUUAUAUCCUUUUAAUGUAAAAACAAAUGACAAAUAUAGAUUAAUAAUGCAAUUCUCCAAAGCAACAUAUAGAUGUUAUAUUCCGCUAUGAUCGUUAUUAGUAUCGUGGUUCAGAGACGUGUCUUGCAUGGGAAUCAUCUCAAGAGAUUAAAAAUGUCCAUAUAUUUAUUUACAAAAGUAUUUUCUAAAGAGUGAUUUCCGCUCUUAUCAUCAAUUACUGAAAAUCGAUUCUUGCAUCUAGAUAUAAAGAAAUUAUGCAUCAAAAUUAUGAACUCAUUAUAAUGCAACAAUACAAAUACAUGCAGUACACUCGUGCGAUUAAUUCUCAGUACAAUAGUUCUCGUGUAAUACAUUAAUUGUCACAAUGGAUCCAAGGAUACGAUAUUCCACAGAAAGUUGUGACUAUACUUAAUUACUGGUUCAUACCUGAUAAUUCAUUUUCAUGGCUGUGACUGUGCGUUUAUCUCUAUAUUGUCGUCAGAAAGAUAUAUAACAAAGUUGAAAUAAAAACACGUACGUCAGCUCCAA